AUGAAGGCUGUUAAAAUAUGGGAAUCUUUAAGACUUCGAUCUUAACAUAAAAGUGUUCAAUGUUUUCUUGAAAUGGAUGCUGUAAAUUAUAAAUAAUGGAAAAGGAACAGGAACACAACGAAUAUUGUCCUUUGGAAUAUACGUAUAACACAACAGAUGGCCUCUACUGCAAUGCGACAUGGGACACGAUAUUGUGUUGGCCUGCGGCCCGGGCGGGAGUCACAAUUCGCCUUCCAUGUCCACCACUCCCGGGCCUCGAUCCGGAUAAGUUUGGUUAUCGGACAUGCGGGCCGGAGGGACGAUGGGAGGGCAAGUUCCCGGGUGACUACAGCUUGCCCCGGGGAUACACGAACUACACAAACUGUUACACGCCUGAAACACUCGACCUCUACAAAAAGUUUUUUCUCAACAAAUCACCCGCUCAAAAACAGAUGAUGAAAGACGUUUUAAAUGCUACAAGGACGAUGGAAGUCGUCGGAUUAUGGCUGUCUCUUGUUUCAUCCCUUAUUUCAUUAUUCAUAUUUUGCUACUUUAGGAGCCUAAGAUGUCAUCGAACUCGGAUACAUCGAAAUCUUUUUCUGUCCAUCAUUGUUCAGGUCUUCAUACGUCUCAUCGUGUACGUGGACCAGUUCGUAGCUCGCAUGCAGGGAGGCGAGAUUGGCGGCACAUCUAGUGGCUCGAGUGGAGCGAUUUAUGACACGCCGGUGCUCUGUGAGAUCCUAUACUCACUAGUAGAAUACACGAAGACUGUCUCUUUCAUGUGGAUGUUGAUUGAAGGCAUGUAUCUCCACAACCAGAUAGCUGUCUCAGUCUUCUCCAAGAAACCAAACUACGUCGUCUUUUAUGCAAUGGGUUGGGGCCUUCCAAUCCCAGUAACGGUGGCAUGGUGUAUAACGCUGGCGUUCACUUAUAAAAGAAAAUGCUGGUAUGCGUAUUAUUUUCUCCCUACAAUUUGGAUUAUAGAAGUUCCGAGGAUACUAAUUAUAGCGAUCAACCUACUGUUUCUAUUGAACAUCAUACGAGUCCUGGUUUUAAAACUGCAAAACAGCCACACAAACGAGGCUCAAUAUAUAAAAGUCAGGAAAGCGAUCAAAGCCGCCUUGUUCCUUCUACCAUUACUGGGUAUUACAAAUUUCCUCGUAAUGAUCGAGCCUGACAAGGAACCGGUGAAGUUCGCUAUCUGGUCAUUCACAUCACAUUUCCUCACUACUUUCCAAGGGUUCAUCAUCUCACUUCUUUACUGCUUCUUGAACGGCGAGGUUCAAAUCACGCUGAAAAAGCGCUGGGAUCGAUUUAGGCAGCGUCGAAUGGUGCAUAAUUCUAGCUUUAGGCGCCUGAGCAGAUCAUUUUCUGUAUUUACCUCCCUUACCGAGGUACCUCAUUCAGCCAAUCAGAAUCGUGCACAAAGCACAACGUCUAAUGCUUCUUCGUUAAAUGGUCAUGGUGUACCAUUGUUAAGAGACAUCAUGGCGAGGCAAGAAUCCGGAGUGUAACCUCAAUGGUGAAAGACAAUAGUAUAACGCUGUCAGACAAAUAGAACAUUUCGUUUCGAAGAAAUGGAAAGGCCAAAAUUGAUAUGAUUACUUUCAUGUUAGUUGUUGUCAAAUGGAACAAAAUUGAGAAGGCGCUUUCAAAACAUAUGUGGAUUGUCUUCAUACGAGUAUUCAAUGCCACUAUGUUAUGGAUCUAAAUGUUCAACAUUUUAGGAGAUGGUAUCGUGUUAAAGCAUAAUAGUUUUUACUAGAAAGCCAAGAACUCUUUAAAAUAGUAGAUAUGUAUGUGUAUUUGAAACUUGUCUCAAAAUGCAAUGUACAAGCAAUGUAAAAUUGCAUUUUGCUUCUUGAUGAACAUUGGUAAACAGAUUCAAUUUAGAUUUGAAACGUUUUAAAGGUGUUUUAAAUGGCUAGACCGACAAUUCUGCUCCGUAUUGGCCGAAAAUUGGAUUUUUUAAAAGGCACAAUUCGGAAGACAAAUACAGUUAUGGGAUAUGUGUAAGCACAGACGUGAGACAUGAGAAUCGUAUCUUAUGGAUCAUAUUGGGUUGAUUGAAGUGAAUAAAUAGUUGUGAAGGAACAUAGGGCAUUUAUUGGAGUAGUGGAUUAAGUUUCCAUGGAACAUGGAAGAUAUCACAUGAGCGGUCGGUCAUUCAAUACUGAACUGAUUAAAUUGAUCAAAACUAGCCUUGGCGACUGCUUUAAUUUAUUAGAUAAGUUCUUAUUGAGUGCCCGCGAAUGUAGUAUUCUAUUUACAUGAUGAAAACUUAAUUUAUCAUUUACAUGUUAUACAUAAAUUUAAAUUACGUGUUUAUAUUUGUUCAAACUUCAGACACAUAUGUAGUUAACUGAACAAUAUAUAUAGGUGACUAAGGGUACCGGUAAGGGAUAAUUACCUUUGCGCAAUUAAUUCAGUUACGGCACAAUACUAACUCAGAGCCCACGGUCAUCUGUUCAUUAUUAUCGAAAUAAAUUAUAUAACGUAAAGAUUAUAGUGGUGUUUUGCUGUGGCUGCAAUUAAUAUUCUAUGAGGACUAUCAAUACACUCUUGGUUGCUCAUAUCCAUAUGAACAUCCACGUCGUACUACUAGCAUGUCAUAUUCACACCUUACCCUUCAUUACGUUUGUUCUAAAUUAUUAUAAAAGGCCGAUUCGUUGGGUGGUAUUUAAUUGUUGUCUAUAUCUGAGAACGAUGAAGCUAAUCGGAUUGGAUGACAUAUAUUGCGGACGUAUGCAGUAAAUGACGUUAAUAGUGUAUGUACAUAAGAUUGGCUUAAGUUGCUUAUUGAAUACAACCCAUGAUAUCAAGAAAAAAGCAAUUUUGCUACAAAUUAAGAAUGUGCUGUAUUGAUGAAAUGUAUAUGUUGUGUUUUAAUUAUCAAUUAACUCGAUUCAAAAUAUAUAUCCCGUCAACAUGACGGAACACCUUUAUAUUGUAUACGUUUAUUCUUGGUUGUGUUAAGUUUUGUAUGCACAGGGCGAGUGUUUGUAUAACAUUUGUUUUAGUCAAAUAAAUAGGGCAUUAUAAAGUUUACAUUAUAUAGACAUCUGGAAUUUAAACAGCUUACUGUGUUUACUGUGUGCGAUUGUUCAAUGUGACCAGUGACAAGUUAUUUUUGAUGAACAUGUAUAAACAAUUAUAUUUUGUUAAGGAAACUGACCACCCAUAAAUAGAUAGUUUUUUGAUAGCUCCAUGAACCUUAUAAAUUGAAUAUGACCAAAUACAGUUUUGUUGACGUUUGAAACGUAUUUACCUACUUUUAACUGGUAAGUAAAUAAACAAAAGAAAGAGCAUCAUACAUAAAGUUAUAAUCUAAACAUCAACUCAGUUCGAACGUAAAUGAAACAUUGUGAAUUCUUUGAAUGCCAAAAACCAACAAGAAUUUAUUUGUUAUAUUAUUUUUAUCAAAUUAGUUACAAUUCGUGUUCUGCACGCAACCUUUUUAUUAAAACCAAUAUAAUAUUGGGUAAAUGGGCGUCUAAAAAUUGAUAUAUU